AUGCUUAGGUCCGCUAUUAGACCAAACACGGUUCGUGUUCAAACACGUUAUAUCUCCAAUCUAAAAGGAUUCCGGGUUGAAACUGACGGUUUCGGUGAAAUCAAGGUUCCUGCAAACAAGUACUGGGGUGCUCAAACUGAACGUUCAUUUGAGAACUUCAAGAUUGGCGGCUCGAGAGAGCGUAUGCCUGAGGCAGUUGUCCGUGCCUUUGGUGUUCUUAAGAAAUGUGCUGCAAUUGUAAACACCGAGCUAGGUGGUCUAGAUCCAGCAACUUCUAAAUUGAUCCAACAAGCCGCAGAUGAGGUCGCAACGGGUAAAUUGAAUGACCAUUUCCCUUUGGUAGUAUUCCAAACUGGUUCUGGUACUCAAUCUAAUAUGAAUGCCAAUGAAGUCAUCUCCAAUCGUGCCAUUGAAUUGAAAGGUGGAGUUCUAGGUUCUAAAGAGAUCCAUCCAAACAACCACUGUAAUAUGGCACAAUCAUCAAAUGAUACUUUCCCUACAGUGAUGCACAUUGCUGCAGUCACGCAAAUAUCCCAACAUCUAUUACCAGAAUUGACCCAUCUCCGGGAUGCAUUGGCUGCUAAGUCAGCCGAAUUCGAACAUAUCGUUAAGAUUGGUCGUACACAUUUACAAGACGCCACUCCUUUAACGUUGGGUCAAGAAUUCAGUGGGUACGUGCAACAAUUGACCAAUGGUAUUGAACGUAUCGAACGUGCUCAGCAAAACUUGCGUUUCCUUGCUCAAGGUGGUACUGCUGUUGGAACAGGAUUGAACACCAAAAAUGGUUGGGCCGAACGUAUAGCCGCUGAGAUCUCCAAAGAAACCGGUUUAGCAUUCAAGACUGCUCCUAACAAGUUUGAAGCUCUUGCUGCUCACGAUGCCAUUGUUGAGGCCAGUGGGGCCUUGAACACUGUGGCAUGCUCGUUAUUCAAAAUUGCCCAAGAUAUUAGAUAUUUGGGAUCUGGACCUCGUUGUGGUUACGGUGAGUUAUCAUUACCUGAAAACGAACCGGGUUCUUCUAUUAUGCCGGGCAAAGUAAAUCCAACCCAAAACGAAGCCAUGACCCAGGUAUGUGUUCAAGUUAUGGGUAAUAACGCUGCAGUAACCUUUGCUGGAGCUUCUGGUCAAUUCGAAUUGAAUGUUUUUAAACCCGUCUUGAUAUCCAACCUGUUGAGUUCUGUUCAAUUGCUGGGUGACGCUAGUCGUUCAUUCCGCGUACAUUGUGUAGAGGGCAUUAAAGCCAAUGAAGCCAAGAUUUCCGAAUUAUUACACCGUUCUCUAAUGUUAGUCACUGCAUUAAACCCUAAGAUUGGUUAUGAUGCCGCCACGAAAGUCGCUAAAAAUGCUCACAAGAAAGGUAUUACAUUGAAGGAAUCUGCACUGGAGCUUGGAGUUCUUACUGAGAAAGAAUUCGAUGAAUGGGUUGUCCCGGAGAAAAUGUUGGGACCAUCCUCCUAA